AUGCGAUCCACACUGCAUCGGUGCCAUUCGUGCCUUUCAGGAUUAGGCUUAAUGCACAACCGCUACUAUGCCUCCGGCAGUAGGCUAAGUGUUCUUCGGCAGGAUGCGUCCCGCUUGCCGGUCCACCAGUUUCCGGUAGCUAAAACGAAUGACACACGCGUCUAUGUCUGGGGUUUCGCUGCAACGGGUGCACUUGGAAUGCAGACUUCCGUGAAGAAACAGGCACAAGUAUUCACCGACUUCGUGCAGCAUCCAAGCAGGCUAAGCUUCGCCGAAGGACAUACAGUGUCGGACAUUGCGACUGGGUACGGAUUCACGGUACAUGUGGUCAAUACGAAGAAAGCGACGGAACUUUGGGGGACCGGUAUAAACACCGAUGGGCAGUUAGGCUUUCAGAAAGCACCUGGCCCGCACAAGAAACCGUUGGAGUUACUCAUCUACCCUGCACCAAUUGAUUUAAGCGCAGCGAAGAUCCACCAUAGCCAGCGGAUAGUGCAGGUGGCCGCUGGACGAGCACACGUGCUUGGUCUUACCGAGGAUGGUGCAGUUGUUGCAUUUGGGAAUAACGCCUACGGGCAGUGUGGUCGAAAAAUCGUUCCCGACGAGGACUACUUUCGCAAUCCUGUGGUAACCACUAUUCAGCUCGAAGAACCAGUGCGAGCGGUCGAAUGUGGACAAGACCACAGUUUACUGCUCACGGAAUCGGGUCGUGUGUUUUCUUGCGGUUGGAGCGAUGAUGGACAAGCUGGACAGGGCCGAUAUGGAUUGAUCGAUACACUCGGUCCCGCGGAAGGAGACAUGAAAGGGGAACAGAUUGUGAAGUUUUCCAGCAGCUGUGAUACGAUACUGGCCAUCAAUGAGAAAGGAGAAUUGUUCGGAUGGGGCAAUUCAGAAUACGGCCAGCUCGGGGAUGUAGCUCAGGACAAUCCACAAAUCAAUACGCCACGGCAACUCUCUUUCACCAAAGAAUGUGGCAAGAUUAUCGACAUCGCAACUGGUGGCUCAUAUUGCCUUAUUUUAAAUGAACACGGAGAUGUAUUUUCUUGGGGAUACGGUAUUCUUGGCUUCGGUCCGGAAGUGCAGCAUCGGCCAACUCCUACCCGUAUUCCACCAGCACUGUUUGGCAGGAAUGAAUUCAACCCCAAUGCAAAGGUGAUUUCGAUCGCGUCUGGCAUAACCCACUGUGCCGCAAUCAAUGAUCAGCAUGAUCUGUAUAUGUGGGGUCACAAUCGGUAUGCCUGCCUAGGUCUAGGGCAUAAGAAUGAUCAGUUCUUUCCACUGAAGGUAGCACUUAAUGCGCGCGUACAGAAAGUGAGUUGUGGUGUAGAUCACACCGUAACACUUUGUACGGCAUUUGUUUGA